CUGCACAAAAGAGAAUGGGAGAAAGUCAGAAGAGUGGUGCAGCUGCCGAAGUCGACUUUUCGUCUUUUUGAGACCACCUCGCCGGAAGAACGCAAUCGUCCCUGCCGUCCUCUUAAAACAAGUAGCCCAACAGCCUACACCACGAAUUUUACGACACCCUCCUGGACAUUGGUGAAACAAGUAUAAUUAUGGCGGAACAUGGCGUAAUGAUUUUCUCACAGAAAUCAAAAUACGUAUUUUAUGGCGCUUUUUCUUCAUUCGCGUUCAUGAUGUUUUAUUUCGAACUCUAUCUUCUCAGUCAGCCUCUGCCGCUCGAUGUGCAAAUUUUGACCCAACUUGAUUCAACCACAGGAAGUAAACUUGAUUUGAGAAAAUCUGUAACCAACGGAGGCACGUCCAGAAAAAGACACCCCGACACGUCUUUUCGCCCCAAAGAACCCAAGAACAACAGUGAAGAGAAAGACCCCCACUCGCAAAAGCAAACUUUCCUGGAAAAUAUGAAAAUUAUGUGGUGGACAGAUGUCUAUAUGAAGCCGUUCGAAUACGACAACGCCGGUUUCUCCAAGUGUAAGGUUUCAAAUUGCGAAUUCCUGUCAGGGAAGUCAGCAUAUUCUCGCGCCGAUGCUGUGUUCUUCCACUUCUGGAAAAAGGACUUAAUCAUCGACGACAUGCCCAAAACGCGCAACCCUGGUCAGCUUUGGGCCACUUUCAACCAAGAACCACCGGCAAUGUUCAAAGAUACUCUCAGAAAAUUUGCAGAUUAUCGCUUCGCAUUUAACAUCACGUUCGGAUACAGACUUGACUCUGAUAUCGUCUUAACGUACGGGGACUUUUACAGCUACGCUAAGCCUGUCGCGCUUUCCACGGAUAACUUCGCAGCGGGGAAGACCAAGAUGGUUGCAUGGCUGGUGAGUCAUUGUUGGGAUUCGAACGGGAGGUUCAAUAUGGUCAAGAAACUGAUGGAGCAUGUCCCUGUUGAUGUUUACGGGUCAUGCGGGACAAAAACGUGCAAAAACGAAACGAAUAAUAAGCGAAGUCGGACCUGUAUGCAAGAUCUUGGGAAGGAAUACAAGUUUUACUUAUCGUUGGAGAACUCCAACUGCAUUGAUUACAUCACGGAGAAGGUAUGGGAGAAUGCUUUCCGCUAUAAUAUGGUUCCAAUCGUCAGGGGAACGCGGAACACGGAACUAUUUAAAGAGGCCCUUCCACCCAAUUCCUACAUCAAUGCGGAUGAUUACGAGAGUGAGGAAGAACUGGCUGAUUUCCUAAAAGCGUUGGACCAGGACGACGAGCGGUAUAACGCCUACUUCAAGUGGAAGGAGAGCUACAACAUAACGCUAUAUUUUAUUAGAAGAGAGAACAAAAUACCCUACUGCUCGAUCUGCGAAGUUCUACACAAAUGGAAGGGCAAGGAGAAGUUGGUCGACUUGCAAGAAUGGUAUGGAGUUGAGAAACAGUGCACGAUUUCUCCAAACAGUCAAUAUCAAAUAAAUAUAAAGAGGUUUUCAAAGGAAGAUAGGGUAAAGCUAUGGAUGUCAAAUGAUGGUGAAAGCAGGAGAUUACGAGAGGAACCAUCUGGACAAUCUAUGGGCUCUGGAAGUGCAAGUGGAUCUGCAUGGACAGACUAAGGGCUCUGGAAGGUAUUUGGAUCUGGUCAAUCUUUGGGGUCUGGAAGUGUAAGUGGAUCUGCAUGGACAGACGAAGGGCUCUGGAAUGUAUUUGGAUCAGGUCAAUCUUUGGGCUCUGGAAGUGUAAGUGGAUCUGGAAAGGCUGAGGGCUCUGGUUUCCAUAGGACAUCAUUUAGCACAGCCUGCUUCUCAGACAAUUUGAUGAAAUUUUAGCUUUUAACGAUUUUAAUUUGUUCGAGCUGUCACUGGCGAUGAUCCAACAAUGAUCAUCUCAUUAACUGCUUUGGUUUGAGGAAUUGAUACCGAACUGGAGGUAUUGGUUGUCUCACCGAAUACCACCAGGGUGCAGGAGCUAAAAUGUAAGCCAAAACCAGGGUGACAAACCGAAGUUUUGGUAGAAAUGGCAGCUGCAUUCGAGGUGUGUUUGGUGAGACAACUAAUAUCGAAAAUGGGGUAACAAUUUCUAUUUCAAACACCUCAACUCAUCAAUGAAUUGUUAUUUUGGGUGCUUUUAACUACUUUCAUAUUUUACACCAUGCAAUCAAUCAGUUAUGAUUGCGCCUCUAGAUGUAAGCAUAACCGCUGAAUUCAAAAGGUGGCGCAUAGUGCAUAUAUAUAU